GACAGAUGUUACGCAAUUAGUGGCAGUCCAAGAAUCGCCACAAAGGGAGCCACACACUAAGCUACAGAUCCCACAGAGAAACUGAUGCUACGUCCCUCGAGGCAAGCGGAUCAAGUUGUGUCUUGGAACUCCAAAGAAGGGCGAACGUCUUCCCCUUUUCAACACCAACUCCUACAAUUUCGUCCUGGAAACCAGAAAGCGUUCUGACAAUGAAACAAUUCAAAGGACUCAACCGUCUUCAAUGAUGGCAGACUUCGGUGAGAUCCUGAGGGCCGUCGGCGACUUCGGCCUGUUCCAGAAAUGUCUGCUGGCGGGACUCCUUCUCCCGACCAUGGCACUGCCCAUGCACUUCUACAGCGUGAUGUUCACGCACGCCGGCUCCUUUCACCACUGCAACACGGACUGGAUCCUGGAAGUGAGCCCAAACCUGACCGCUGAGGAGCAGCUCAACCUCACUCUGCCCCAGGGCCAGGACGGGUCCUUCAAGAGCUGCGAGAUGUUCACACCCGUGGACCGGGACAUUGAAUCCAUCAGGGACUAUGGGAUCAACCAGACCACUGACUGCACGGACGGCUGGGUGUAUGACACCUCGGUGUACAAGUCCAGUAUAGUCUCUGAAUUUGAUCUAGUCUGUGAUAAGGUGAACUUUGUGGGUGUGGCGCAGACUGUUUUUAUGGCCGGUAUCCUUUUUGGGUCCUUCAUAUUUGGCCCCCUGGCUGAGUCGUUGGGAAGAAAGCGAGCAGUGCAGAUACCAGUGGUCCUCAUGGCCAUUUCCAGUGUGGGAUCUGCACUUUCUCCAAAUUUCUAUGUGUACCUAGCAGUCCAGUUUAUUGUUGGAGUUUCUUAUGGAGGUUAUCGUGUCAACUGCAUAAUUCUGGCUACGGAGUGGAUUGGUAUGACAAAGCGGACCUACCCCUCUGCUCUGUGUCAGGUGUUCGGUGGCAUUGGUCAGAGUGUUCUUGCCGGCAUCGCCUAUUUCAUCCGCGACUGGAGAACUGCUCAGUUUGUCAUUGCAUCCCCCUGGGCUCUUGUUAUCCUCUACAUAUGGAUAAUUCCGGAAUCUGCACGGUGGCUGCUUGACAGAGGUAAAACAGAAGAGGCAGAAAAGCUCAUUCUCAUGGCUGCGGCUGUCAAUAAACAAAAAAUACCUGACAACAUCAUGGAAAAGGUUGUAAAUAACAAAAAAGGAGACAGAGGCACUGUAAGAGAUCUUUUCACUUCACCCCUGCUCAGAAAAUACUUCUUAAUCAUAGUAUGCUCAUGGUUUUCCCUGAACCUUUCCUACUACUGCAUAACGUUGAAUGUUGGAGAAUUUGGCAUGGACAUCUUCCUGACGCAGCUUAUCUUUGGGCUGACUGAAAUCCCAGCUCAAAUACUUUGUGCCUGGUUAAUGGAAGUCUUGGGAAGAAAGAUUACUGUUGCCAUUGCUCUUCUGCUGGGUGGAUUUCUCAGUCUGCUGCUCUUGGCUGUCCCACAAGAAAACGCAAUUGCCAUCACAGUGUUUGCUACCGCAGGAAGGCUGUCCAUGAACAUGGCAGGCACAAUCUGCAAUGUCUAUGUUCAGGAGUUGUUCCCCACCUCGAUCCGACAAACAGCCAAUGGUUUGGGUGCCAUGGCAACAAGAGCAGCAGGAAUGCUGUCGCCAAUACUCAACAUGUUGGCAGUGUUCCACAGGGUGAUUCCCAUUCUGGUCUACAGUGGCCUGUGUAUAUUUUCUGGUGCUCUCUGUUUCCUACUGCCUGAGACCAGACGGAAAGAGCUGCCGGAUUCGCCUGAGGAUCUGGAGAUAAACCGGGAUAUGAAUAUCAGGAAGAAUAACAGAAGUAGCCCAGAUGGUGGCACACAAAGGUCCACCAAACUCUAACCAAUUCAAGGACAUUCUUGGACAAGGUUCCUCCACAGAGAAAACUCUGAUACAAGGAAAAACGCCGUGAACCCCAUAAUGUUUGAUACAAAGACAUAUUUUUUUCUUGAUUUGGCUCUGUACUCCGCAAUUUUAGAUUUGUAAUCAAACAAUUCACGUGUGGUUAAAGCGAAGAUCUCAACUUUUAGUAUUUUUUGUUAGGGUAUUUUUUUUUUUUUUUUUUAAACCAAUUUUGGUUUCACCAUGCAGAAAUUACAGCACUUCUUAUACAUAGUCCCCCCAUUUCUGGGCACCAUAAUGUUUGGGACAAAUGCCUUCACAGAUGUUUCUGAUUAGCCAGGUGUGUUCAGUUGCUUCCUUAGUGAAGGUACAGUAAGGUAUAGUAAGAGAGCUUUCAGUAUCUAGUCUUGAUUCUAGGCUUUGACUGCCUUUGGAUUGCCUUCGCCUUUGUUAUUGUCAUUUGUCUACAUGAUGACCAGAGUUGUGCCGAUGAAAGCCAAAGAAGUCAUUAUGAGGUUGAGAAAUACGAGAAAAAGACAGCCAGAGACAUAGGCCAAACCUGCCAAUAGCAGGAGCACAAUGAAUUCUGAAGUGUGCAGAAGCAUCUUAGCCGUUCAAGUUCAGACAAAUAGACUUAUUGGACGGCGCUUCAUCCAACUGCAAAACAAUGAUCCAAAAGCAACAGCUAAAUACUGCUAAAGCAACAAAUUAUUUUUUCAAAGCCAAAUACUCCUAAAUGGCCAAGUCAUUCUCUCUUGAUCUGAAUCCAACUGAACAUAUGCGUUUCAUAUGCUGAAGAGAAAACGUAAGGCAACUAGCCACUAAAAAAAGCAGGAGCUGAAGAUGGCUGUGAUACAGGCCUGGCAGAGCAUCACCAGAGAAGAUAUUCAGCUCCUGGCCAUGUCUAUGGAUCACAGACAUAAAGCAGUCAUUGCAUGCAAAGGAUAUGCAACAAAGUUCUAAACAUCACUACUUUCAUUUACAUAACAAUACGUCCCAAGCAUUAUGGUGCUCUGAAAUGGAGUGACUUUGUAUAAAAAGGGCUGUAAUUUCUACAUGUGGCUAACCCUGCAAUAUAUUUACACAGUGAUUCAGUUGAACCAAACUGUGUCUCUAGACUCACCCUAAAACUGAUCCACUGUGUAAAUGUAUUGCAGGAAUAUCCACUAUUUCAAGUACAUGUAUAUAUGAAAUACACAUUUACAUAUGUCAUGUGCUUUGCACAGGUGCACUUUGAUACAAUGUACUUUGUAUUUUUUUAAAUGCUCAAAACAAGUAAUAACACAAAAAAAUCUCAUGGUUCAGCAUGCUGUGUGUGCGUUAUCGAGUCUGCCAAGAUUCAGCAAUUUUAUCAACUUUACCUUUUAAAGUGCAGGAUCCUGACCAGAAGAUUGCAUGUGGGCUCAGCAGAGAUAUAAUGAAAGACCUCUGUUACGGUCAGGAUGAGAUAAGAAGAUAAGGCCAUUCUGAGGCAGAUUCAGGUUGAGUGCUUGAUUUUACUGUUCUGCGUUAUGUGAUAGCAAUAUGUUGUGUGUAGGGCUACCUGUUUCACUCUCAAACUACAAGUUGAAAUAUUCUCAAUAAAUAUCACAUCCCCCAGGGUGCAAUUCCA